AUGAGCAACUUCCUCGGCGGUAGCGCCGUCGAGUGCGGCCCGAGCAACGCUCUCAAAGACGUCGGAGCUCUUGUCGAGAGGGAUUACGGCGCUCAGCGUGACCGCUAUGCACCGACCGCUGGACCCAGCGCGGGCCCCAGUGCCUUCCGAUCUCGACCACAGCAGCAGCAAGCUGGUCCGGCACCGAACCAAGCGUUCGAUCUGUCGCAGCUGCGUUCGCAUCUCCCUGCCCAGCCUCAGCAGCCCGUGCACUACGCCCCUCAGCACGCUAACCAGUCCCAAGCUGGUCCCGCGCUUGCUCCCCAAGGUCACGCUGGCCAGAACUGGGCUGACGGCUUCACCGCCGACAAGGGCAAGUCUCGCGAAUGGGGCAACGAGUUUGAGACGUCGCGCGGAUCGCCUCUGCAAGCUACGCCGAGAACGGCGUCGCCUUCCGUUGCGCCUUGGCAGCGCCAGAACGUCGUCUCCCCCGGUCCGAGCAUGUACCACUCGCCCAUGCCGUACCAGCCGAUGUUCCAGCAGACGACCCACCAGCACAUGAUGCACCAGUACCAGCCUGCGCCCCAGCGCAUGCGGGAACCCACGCACGCCCCACCCCCGAUCCCCCAAGAAAAGCAAGCCACCCAGUCGCCCGACAUCGUUAAGGCCUAUGAAGCCGAACUGGUGGAGGAGCGACAAGAAUUCGAGUCCCGAGCCGACAUUCCCCAAGACGAACUGGCGCGAACGGCUCAGGCUCUCGUUGAUCAACUGAAGGAGGAGAACCUGAUGAAGUCGGACCCGAAGCUCGCCAACUCGGAAUUCGUUCGACUUCUGCGCGGCCUCGGCAGCGGCGAUAUCAAGGUCCAGGAGGGCGAUCAGAAUGCCGUCGGUGAUGAGGUCGUCGGCGAUGGCGCCAAGUUUGUGAACUCGGCCGGCGCCGACUGGGCGGCCGACUUCAUGUCCACCGAAGACUUUGGCAAGAGUGCAAGCGAAGCUGGUCUGCAGCAAACGUGGGAGCGCGGCGUCCAGGACAACAUUGCGAUGCGCGAAGGCAUGGGUGCGACCCAACAGCGACGGAAGAGCGUCCACUUCGACGAGGACAAACCCAUGGUGGCGGACACGCAUGUCGCUGGCGCCGGCCAGGACUGGGAGGAGCAGCUGGACGACGACGACUUUGACACCGAGCUCCUGCGACACUUCAACGGUGGACCGCGCGUGCACGAGACGCAGCCGACUAUCGCCGAGACGCAGCAGAACGAGAUGUGGGAGCACGCCGAGACGGACUGGGACGAGAUGAUCCGCCAGCACUCGCAACCCCCAGCUCCGGAGGAGUACCUUUUCCACCGCUCGAACCCGUACGCGAAUGGUGGCCCAAUCGUGCGCGAGAUGUCCCCGACGACGAUGGGCGUGCUCGAGCUCGAGGCUGCCGUGCAGCAGAGCCCGCGCGACGGAUCCGCCUGGCUCGCCCUCGGCCUGAAGCAACAGGAGAAUGAGCGCGACGACGCCGCCAUCCGCGCCCUCGCCCGCGCCGUCCAGCUGGAGCCCGACAUGCGCAGCGCCUACCUCGCCCUUGCGGUUAGCUACACCAACGAGGCCCGUGACGAGCUAGCCAUGUCCGCGCUGGAGAAGUGGAUCGAGCUCGGUGGUGGCGGUGUCAACGAGACCCCCGGCCUUACGGUCCAGGAGCGCCAGGGCCGCAUCAUCGAGCGCCUGAUCGACAUUGCCCGCCAGCGUCCCGACGACCUCGACCCCGACGUUCAGGUCGCCCUUGGUGUCCUCUUCAACUCGUCCGAGGAGUACCACAAGGCGGAGGACUGCUUUACUGCCGCCCUUGAGGCGCGUCCUGACGACUGGGUGCUGUACAACCGCCUGGGCGCCACUCUGGCGAACAGCGGCCGCUCGCACGAGGCGAUCAAGUUCUACCAUCGCGCACUCGCCCUGCACCCCAACUUUGUCCGCGCGCAGUUCAACCUCGGCAUUUCCUACAUCAACCUGGCGCAGUACCGCCUGGCGGCCCAGUGCAUCCUGGACGCGAUCCGCCUGCAACACGCGGACAUCACCGAGGGCUACGGCGAGGGAUACGGCGAGGGUGUUCCCUCCGUCAAGGGCGUCACGAGCGAUGCGCUCUGGAGCACGCUUCGCAUGGCGUGUCUCCACCUCCAGCGCCCCGACUACGUCACCGCGGCUAACAACCAUGACCUCAGUGGAUUCCCGCUCGAGCUGUAG